AUUUCAAUGCAUCUUGGGUGCUGCUAUGUUUACCGCUUCUGUCUUCUGAAGCCACUUGUUUUAAUGAUUAAAUUUUUCGUGUUCAUGAUCCAGAAAGGAACGCAAACGGAGUGAUAGUUUUUUGCCUAAGCCACGUUUACAAAGUACGUUUCUCUAUUCGCUGCAAGAAAGUACACACAGCCCAGAUAAAAAAAAAGUGAAAAGGUGGUAUUUUAACUAAGUUGAUAAAUAUAGCAAAAAGUGUGCUGAAUCGGACGCAGUAGGAGAGAUGAGCACUACGUAUUUAAAAAACAAUCAAAUUUAAUGCAAAUUAAACUGUACCGUAAAACGGGGGAACAUCGAUCACUUUUUCAGAAGAAUUUCGAAUAAUUUUCUUGAAAUCAAGUAGAUGUGUUUGUAUUUUUAAAACCAAAAUUAUCCACCUUGGUCAGCGGGAGUACGCCAUCGAGAGGAAGAAACGAUACACCGUUAGCAUCGCGACGCCGAUCGCAGCCUCCAGCUAUUCUGUAUUAUAUUUGUUAAUGUGAGUGGCCACCACAAGGCACUCCAACUCAGAGCUGUCCAUAAUCUCGGCACAUUGGAUAUUUGACGGACCGCUCUGAGACUAAAUGGUGUAAGAAACAACUGCGGCUAAUAAUAAAAUAUGCGAAACAUAAACCGCUAAGCUCGGAAGUGAAAGGGGUGGAAGAAUGUGUGAAGGAAGCGCUGGUGGCUGCCGGGCUGGAGAAGGUGAAUGAAUCUCACAUGCAAAGAAUGUGGCCAAAAUAUUAACGAACUAGAAGCUUACCAUAAACUAAGUGGUCUCCUCCAAUCACGAAACACGACCCAAAGAAAGAAUACCUCAAAAACAGAACCAAGUGUUGACCGUCGUCGUUGGCGUUGGGGACGACGCUGUCUGUGUGGAAGAGAGGAACUCGGUCGACGAGUAGGCCCUCAACUUGUUUUUCCACCUGGCUCUUCGCUGGCUCCACCAAGAGGCCUUCCCAUACACAAUCGACAAGUCGCGUUUUAGUUUCGUUUUGAAAUUCCACCGAUAAACAGUGCCAGGGUGUUUCAGAGAAAAAGCAAAUCGUGAUCGUUGAGCUGGCACUCAUUUCAAAUUCCGUUCAAACUAUACGUGGAAAAGUGAGUCGCACGGUUGACUCGUUGGCAAUAUAGAUUAUGCUCGUUUUUUAAUUGCGCCAAAAGUUUUGCGUAUGGGUUCAGUCAAAAUGGAAUCAAAUUUGAUCCGAGUGUUGGAGGGACAAUCUCUCGACGAACUUACUAGUGAGUUGUGCGAUUUCUCUUUAGAAGAACAAAAUGCAGCCACCGAAGCGCAAGGUGUUAAACCACUGGCUUCGUCGGAUUAUAUUCCAGUUGUGGGUAAAACAGUGACCUACGUGGUAGCCUGUGUGAUCGUGAAUGAAAAUAAUGAGGUUUUGAUGAUGCAGGAAGCAAAGGAAUCGUGCGCUGGAAAAUGGUAUCUACCUGCCGGCCGCAUGGAACCCGGAGAAACAAUUGUGGAGGCAGGGGCACGGGAAGUUCUUGAAGAGACCGGACUAAAAGUGGACAUUACAACCCUACUGGCAGUAGAAUCAGCUGGGGGUACUUGGUUUCGUUUUGUACUGACUGGAAACGUAGUCGGAGGUGAUCUGAAGACCCCUUCUCAAGCCGAUCAGGAAUCGAUUCAAGCUAAAUGGGUUGGGAAUCUGAACGAGCUAAGUUUAAGAGCAAACGACAUUCUGCCUAUCAUCGAUCUGGCACGCAACCACAAACGACGCCUUCCCAAAGAUCCCAACUGGCACAGGGACAUUCUUCCAGCCCGGAAACCUCACUAUAAAAACUAUCUAAGGAUAGUGGUUGCCAUCAAAAAUAAAACUACGAACCAAGUUUUUGUGCUACUUAGCGAAAAAACCGCAUAUCACUUCCCCACAGUGGAGAUUCAUCCCGGUCGAAGCAUUCACUCUACUCUGAAAAAGUUUAUGAUCGAGUUAUUUGGUGCGGAUCUACCGCAACACAGACCCCACGGAGUUUUGAGUGUUGAGCACCACACUACUGAUUCGCAGCCCAACCCUACGGAUGGAAUCUGCAUCACCUUGCUGGUUAUCUGUCGGCCCUCGAUCGAAAGUGUAUCCCUCAUUGGCAAAUGUAUCUGGCACGAGUUGAACAAGGAACUAAGCACCCGGCUGGCGAUGACUGUAGCGGCGAAGAAUUCCACCAUGCAGCUACACGUUGUACGAUAACUGAAUGCGUAAUUUUCAGUAUUCGCCAAUUUGAGAUGCGCACCUAGCUUUCGUAAGUGUCUGUGGAGCUUGGCAGGCAUGAAAAAAAUACACUCCAUGGAAUCCACGAAUCUCGCCAUCGUGAAAUCGGUAUCAAGUACCGUUCGUCGAACAAGUGCGACAGUUGAAUCUAAUCUUGUAUAGCUUUCUUGUGUAUGUGUGUCUGUAACUCGCAUGAAUGAAUAAACGAAACGGGUGGAUUUAAAAUAGGGAUCAAUCGCUCCACAAUUAUACUCAGAGGGUCGUGAAACACCACUGUUUUGUUUUUCGCGAUCGUAAUCUCUAGGUGGUUUCUUUUUUACGUGCAACUUAAAACGGAGAAAGAGGAUGAGCCAACAAAAACAAAAUUGAGUCUAAAACCGAAUAAAAGGGGGACGCGUGAAGAAAUUGGAUAAAAUGCGAAGCAAUGGAAACCAGAAAGCUCAUCAGAAAAAUUACCAACAAAUUAUGUUGAGACCUAUAUUGUGUGAAUCGGAGUGCAAGCGAGAGACGCAGAAAAUGAGUUUUAAUGGUGUUUCUGUAUGGCUGGAAAACUUUGCGGAUUUGUGGCAAACUUCUUUAAAAAUGUUUAAUAAAUACAACAUAUUUAAUGCUUCGAAACAG